AUGAUGUUGGGUCCACGCGCAGCUCGCUCGACUCGGUCAGUGACCUCACUAUUGCGACCUUUCAGCUCAUCAGCUGUGGCCUGCCGUGCUCCCUCCAUCCGAGAUGUUACAGCCGAGUCGACCGAGGAAUUCCUUAGGCGACAGAAGGAGUUCCGCGAAAACUUGGACCAAGCUCGUUUGAGAAGAGAACAGCAAGAGAGUCAGUCUGUCAAUGCUUCUGCUUCUUCAUCUACCCCUUCCCGUGAGUACGCUCCCACUGCUCCGCGAGUGAGCAAUGCGAGCCAAGGUCAUUUCCGCCCUGCUUUCGAUGCCGCCGCGGCACUUGACCAUAAGGCAAUGGGCUCACUUUCAAUGCACCGCUAUAUAGGGGAUGAACAGCACCAAGAAGCCGGAGCCAAACGUGGCCCUUUAUCCUCGCUCAUCUACGGCACCAAGGAGGGCCAGCAUUUUGACAAAGACAUGGAGCGCUCCUUCUCCCAGGUCCUAGCCCGCGGCAAAUAUGUCCAUUCCAUUGUCAUGCACGACGUCAAACCCGACAAGGUUGAUGAAUAUGUAGAACUGGUCGGCCAGUGGUACCCGCGCAUGGCGGGUGCCGAGGAGAACCGUGUCAACUUGGUAGGAAGCUGGCGGACGCAAGUGGGCGACAAUGAUACCUUUGUCCACAUCUGGGAAUACCAACGCUAUGAAGGCUAUCACGCUUCCCUUCAUAACAUCUCGGAACAUCCAGAGUUCCGCGAAUUCGAUCGCAAGCUCAAGAGCUUGAUCAAGAGCAAGAAGACUUCGCUGAUGCAGGAGUUCUCAUUUUGGCCCACAACCCCGCCGCGCCGUCUCGGUGGACUGUUUGAGCUUCGGUCAUAUACACUGCACCCAGGUAACCUUUUGGAAUGGGAGACACACUGGCGCCGUGGCCUCUCAGCUCGUCGUGAGGUGAUGGAGGGUGUGGGCGCAUGGUUCGUGCAGAUCGGCGAGUUGAACACAGUGCAUCACCUGUGGCAGUUUGCCAACUUAGAGGAGCGCAAGAUCCGCCGCGAGCAGUCGUGGAACGUCGAGGGCUGGGCCGAGACGGUUCACAAAACCGUUCCACUUAUUCAGACCAUGCAGAGCCGGAUUCUCGUUCCAAUGCCUUGGAGCCCUGUCGGCUAG